AUGCGCCGUCGCGAGCCAGCGCCGAGUGCGUUUGGCGCGAGCGGUACGCCGCGUAAAAGCACGAAUGAGAUGCUGCGCACGCCCGUACGCACGCCCGUACGGGGGCUCGUGAGUCCGCAUUUGUAUGCGUCGCCUUUGCACCGAAAAGGUGCUUUUGCGAGUCCAUUGCGUACCGCCACCUUUGCCGCAGCGCCCGAGGCGAAUGCAGAGCAACACGUGCCAAAGACCUGGAACGAUGCGCUAUGGGAGCUGUACGUACGCCUCUACUUACACAGACUUUCACGCGUUCCCAGCACGGUCCAAGCUGCACUGCAGUCCUUGGAAAUGGAAUUGGACGACGUGGUGCACGAGCCGCGCAUGGGCGUCCCCAUUGGCAUUGCACUCCACCUUUUCUCGCUGCUCUCCCAAGUGAUCCUCCCGGGCUCGGCGCUUUAUUUUCCCGGCAUCACGCCCAAAGCCAAGCCGGUGCAUCUGUUUGCGCCAAAAGGAAAUGGGUACGCGGCGUACCUUGCGCGUGUGGUAGCAGAGCAGCGCCGCGCCGCGUUGCUGUAUGUGUCGCGCGCACUUUCUUUUGCGCUUGUCGCUGCGGCGCUGUACAAUACAUACCUCUUAUUUUCGCGGUACCGCACGUACAGGCUGUGGUACCGCAACAUUCGCGACGUAUUGCGCAAUCCACACGCACAGCUGGAAUCGCCGCCGCAAGCGCCGCCGCCGCUUGUUUCAUGGCAGGCGUGGGCAUAUGCAUGGAUGCUUGCAGGCCUGCGCCAGGUCCCGAUUGUCGAGUGGUUCGUGCCGCCGGCAGCACCUGUUGCAGCCGAGGCGCCUACGGAAAAGAUCUAUACGUUGCGCGUGUGGGACAUGCUGGAAGCGCCGCUCCAUAUUUUUGCCAUAUAUUCGCCGGCGCACGCUCUGUGGUGGGCGCUUGUGGGCUCGCUUGGGAUCUGGCCUGCGCUUGCAUGGCUCUCUACCUCCCUCUUCAUGGCCCUGUUUGCAGCGCAGACUUUUUUCUUGGCGCACGAGUACGCACUGCACGUCAAAGAUCAAAGGCUGUUGUCUGCCGAAGUACUGCGCGAAUACGACGAGAAGUUUGUCAUUCCGCGUGCUAUGCCGCUGGUGCGCGAAGCAUCGACCAUGACAGAUGAUAGCAUAACACGUGUCCCAUAG